GUUCUGUGUCAAAGUGGUGUCAAACUAAACUGUUAUUGAUAAAUUUAUUUAAAAAGGAUGUUUGUUUUUGUAAAUAAAUAAAUUGACUAAGUAAAUACAAAAUGCAUAACAAUUCGCAAAAUUCGGAAGUGCAUUCAAACUGUCUAUUGUUAAAAAACCUCAAAAAAUCAAGAAACAUCUUUCUUUUACUAUACUUUUAUGGAAAACUCAUUCGUUAAAAAUUUGAAUCAAGCGCUUCUGGAUGUGGACAUAGUCAUAUUUAAUGGAACAUAAUGGAUUUUUCUGGAGACAAUGAAAUUGUACCUAGUAGUAGUUGCCAGUUUGAAGAUGGUAUUAGAAGCUGUAGAUUUAAGAAAAGACAAAGUGAUCCUACAUGCUGUCCUGUAUGCAGCAUAACUUUGAGAGAAUCUGAAGUGCAUUUGCACUUAGAUUCAGAAAUAGAAAGACUUAAUAAAUUACAAGCCUCUAAACUUAAAGUGAAUGGUAAAAAUACCCCUAGUAGUUCAUCAAAUGGAUCUUCUGAUAGUAGUGGUGAUAAAAAUUGGGAAACAUUUCAAAAAAUUCGUACAAAUAGGCAAAAUAGACAAAGAACAAAAACUAGAAAAAGAAGAGCUGAGGAAACAUGUCCAGUGUGUAACAAGGAGGUGACUGAGGACUUAACUUUACAUGUAGAAUUGUGUCUUAGAAGAUCUGAGGCAAAUGGUAGUGAAAGUGAUGAAAACAUUGAUGUAGAAGCAUUUGAAGAGUAUGAGUGGGCAGGACAAUCACGUGUACGUGCUACAAGCUUACUGCAAGGUGGUGUUUCUAGUUUAGGAACUUCUGUUAGUAUGGCGGAAGAUGAUGAAGACUUAAAUGUUGAUGGAGAUGAUUCUCAUUUAUUUGGAUCGCCUCAAUAUUCUGAAAAUGAUGUGAUACUCCCUUGUGAAAAUCCAGAAAACAUUGCUUUACGUAAAGCAGUUACAGGGAGUGAUCCAAAACGAAUAUCUCCUGAAAGGACUGAAUUUGAAUCUAUUGAAACCAAGGGUGAUCCUAUUUUAGAAGUAUUAAAAAAUAGAAUUAGAGAAUUAGAAAGCAGGGAAUCUAACAAAGAAGAAGUGUACAAAUGUUUGAUAUGCAUGGAAAGAUACAAGACUCCAGUUAUUUCAGUAUGUUGUUGGCAUGUGCAUUGUGAAGAAUGCUGGCUACAAACUUUAGGUGUAAAAAAAUUAUGCCCCCAAUGUAAUAUGAUUACAUCACCAUCUGAUCUGAGGAAAAUUUACAUGUAGAUGAGUACUUUAUAUUCUUUUGUUUUUUAUUUUACAUAAAUACAUAUUUUUUAAGAAAAUA